AUGCAAUGUCAUGGCUGCCCCUACUACAUCCUGGGAAUUGCCGAAACGGCUAAUUUGAAGGACAUAGAGUGGGCCUACACGAAGCGGGCACUCAAGUUCAACCCUGACAGGUGCCAAGGGUCUGAAGAAGAGCGACAACGCAGGAAGGAAAUCAUGCAGAAGGUCAAUUAUGCCAACGGUCUCCUGCACGAUGCUGAGGAAAGACGAGAAUACGACGCUGUCAGGGAGUUCAUCAAGGAACAAGCAGCUAGAGUAUUUGAAGAUCCUCAGGAGGCCAUGAAAGUAAAGAGGAAGAGACCUGGAAGGAGAGCGAAGAGGAUGAACACUAAAGGACACUAG